CAGAUCAAUCGAUCGAUCCUUCCAUGGCGACGGAGCUGAUCACUCUAAACUACCCCACUCUCCUUCUCCUCCUUUCACCUCUCAUCCUCCUCUUCCUAAUCAUCAAUCAACGGCGGCGCUGCCGCCGGAAUCCCCAAAAUCUACCUCCAGGGCCCCCAAAGCUGCCGGUGAUCGGCCACCUGCACCACCUCCUCGGCGGGCUGCCCCACCAGGUUUUCGCCGGAUUAUCCCGCAAGUACGGCCGCGUCCUGCUUCUGCAGCUCGGACAGAUUCCGGCGGUGGUGAUUUCCUCGCCUGCGGCCGCCAAGCAGGUCCUCAAGGACCAGGACCCCGCCUGCGCAGACAGGCCCAAAACCAUCGGAUUCGAGAUCAUGUGGUACAAUUACUCCGAUCUCGCCUUCUCCCCUUACAACAACCACUGGCGACAAAUGCGGAAAAUUUGUGUUCUCGAACUUCUUAGUUCCAAAAACGUUAAAUCUUUCGGCUACAUUAGGGAAGAUGAAGUUUCGCGUUUGAUCUCAACCGUCCAAUCCUUUGCGCUAUCACAAGAGGCGAUCAAUCUAACGAAGAAUCUUCUUCGAUUUACGAGCUCCGUCAUUUGUCGGGCGGCGCUCGGAAAGUAUCAGGCGGCCGAUCGAGAUGCUUUGAUUGAAAUGAUGAAGAAGGGGUUGUCGAUGGCAACCGGAUUCGAGCUCGCCGACCUGUUUCCAUCGUCUAAAUUGUUGAAUUUGUUGUGCUUGAAUAAGUAUAGGCUGAUGUGGAUGCGCCGGAAAGUUGAUCCCAUUCUCGAUGAUAUUGUGGAGGAGCAUAAACUCCGGCGGGGCGGCGAAUACGGCGGAGAAGAUAUAGUCGAUGCUAUGCUGAGGAUUAAUAGAAGUGACGAUGGUCGAGAUUCUAUUUCCAAGGAUACCAUCAAGGCCAUCAUCUUUGACAUGUUCACUGCCGGAACAGAGACAACUUCCACAACGAUCGAAUGGGCAAUGGCAGAGCUAAUGAGAAACCCGAGAGUGAUGACCAAAGCACAAGCAGAGCUAAGAGAAGGUCUAAAAGGAAAAAAGACAAUAAAUAGCGGCGACAUCGAAGGAAUGAAGUAUUUAAAACUGUUGAUCAAAGAAACCCUACGAUUACACCCUCCAGGAACGUUACUACCUAGAGCGUGUAGAGACGAAUGCACGGUGGAUGGAUAUUCGAUCCCUCUUAAAUCGAAGGUUUUGGUAAAUGUUUGGGCUAUUGGAAGGGAUCCCGAGUACUGGGACGAGGCUGAAAUGUUUAAACCGGAAAGGUUUGAGGAUGGUUCGGAAAGGUUUGAGGAUGGUUCGAUAGAUUUCUUUGGGCAAAACUUCGAAUACUUACCAUUUGGGACCGGGAAAAGGAUGUGUCCCGGUAUGAACUUUGGAUUGGCAAACGUCGAGUUGCCUUUGGCUCGACUACUUUACCAUUUCGACUGGAGAAUGCCCGACGGAAUGGAGGCGAAUGAGAUCGAUAUGGCCGAGAGAUUGGGCAUCUCGGUGUCCCGAAAGAAUGACCUUUUCUUGGUUCCUUUGUUGUGCAAUGUUCCAUAGUUCACUUUAUGCAAGUUAUCUACAUUAUGCACAUUUACCUUUUCGAAUUUAUAUUUGAAAUUUUAAAUAUGAAUAAAUGAUGGACUUUUUGAAGUCGCAAUAAAAUAAUUUGAAAAUAA